AUGUCAAAUCUCGCUAUUAUCGACGACACCAACCCGGCAAUCCUUUAUUCUCCAGGCUCAUGGGUUGCAACAUCUACCGACACUAAUAGAGAGUAUAACUCUACUCUGCAUUACGCAACCUCUCCUGGGGCGACAAUCACCUAUCAAUUUCGAGGUCGGUCGGGCAUAUCGUCUUUUGAUAGCAUCGUGAAGCUAACAUGCAAAGGAACCGGAAUUUUUGUCUAUGGGACCAUCACUCAGCCCGUCACAAAUGGGUAUCCAAAGGCCACCUAUCAAAUUGACAAUGCUCGACCUGUCGUCAAUUGGAACACUGCAGGGAUGUUGCAAGAUGCCGUGAGCACCCAGUCACACGUCACACUCUUCAAAUCUCCACAAUAUCCAUACGGAGACCAUACAAUCACAAUCUCCGUCGACCAAGUCGAUCCGACAACAACUGGUCGGUUUAAUUUCGACUUCUUUGUCGUCACGGCCGUGACCGAGGAAGACGCUCGACGGGCGGGAGGACUCAUCAUUGUAGAUGAUAAGGAACCUGUCAUUCAGUAUGGUAAUGGGUGGACCUAUACAGGAGGUAAUAAGGCAGAGUAUCUGCUCAUGGUACACGGCUCUCCAGCUGGUGUGGAUGCGAUUGCCUCGUUUCCAUUCACUGGUACGAGUGUCUCCGUAUAUGCCACUCUUGACGGUGAUUAUGCUUCAAGACCUAUUGCCAGCUUUGCGGUGGAUGGUGGCACCCCAGACGAAGUUGUCCGAACCUUCACUGGUCCUGGACGCGUCACAAGGCAGUGUAACACUCAGCUGUUGGGACUCUCUGGUCUAGCUGACACUUCCCAUACUCUGACUAUCACUGCCCUCGGUAGAAACUUGCCGGGUUGGCGGCUAGACUAUAUCAUUUACGGCACACCAUUCCCUGCGCAUGGCACUGGCACUAGUAUCGCGAGUGGUGGUAGCAUCGGAGGGGAGGGGAGUGGGCUAACAAAUUCUCUGGCGUCAGCUACAGGGGGCCUCGAGAGCGUAUCAACCCGGGUAACAACAUUCACGUCCAAUGGGACAAUGUUCAUCUCGACGGAAAUGGUGACUCAGAAUGUCCCAGGCUUCAAUUCUCCUUGGGGAACCAGCCAAAGCACGGGUUUGACUCAGCAAGCUAUCGGAGAUGUGACCACUGGCGGGAAUUCAAAGAGAGCCGUGGUAAUUGGAGGAGUAAUCGGUGGAAUAGCCCUUGGAAUCCUCCUCAUCGCCCCCCUCGUCUACUAUCUAAGACGACAUAGGAAAAAUCGGAGAAGGAUGCUUAUCCACCGGUAUCCCAAUUGGAGGGUGGAUGCAUAUGAUAGGGAGACCGACGCGGCACCUUCAUUGCCCAUGGCACCAACAAAGAGUGAUACGGUAUCCCUUUCGGCCCUUUGUAUCUCUCCAACCAAGGGAAGCACAAUCUCAAAUACUAUUUCAUCGAUCCACGGCCCGCUCCCAUCGACAAUGGUUUCCGCUCCAUCACCAAAGGGCAGCGAGGCCGAGACAAAUCAUUUUCGGGACUCUUCGACGCUGCUGCUCUCUUCAUCCAUUAAUCUACAAAGCCUUAUGGAGACUAUAUCACCAGCAGAGGAGUCGAGAGUUCGAGAAGUCGAUGUUGGGAUACGGCUGCAAUGGACCGAUGCUGAAGGCGCUCAUGAUACUCUCCCUCCCUCCUACUCUAAUCUGCAAUCAUAG